GGUAUUUUUGGUUGGGCGAGGCGGUCACACUGCGGAGGCAUGCUGGCAAUAGGCAAGUUUCCGAUCAGAAUAUUGCAAUUUUCGCGAAAAAACUUUAAAACAAUGGCUGACCUGCAGAAGAUUGCGGACAACAAUAAGCGCGCAGAGGCGCUGAUCAACUCGAUCGAGUCCGAGAUCAAUGCCAUCCAGAAGCAGCUGGUGGCGCGGCAGAAGCAAGAGCUCAUCCAGGAGAACGCUCAACUGGCCAGGGAGGUGGAGGCCGCCUUGGCGCAACUGGUGCAGCUCGAGCUGAGGAAUGGCAAGAAGCAGAUUCCGGUCCCCGGAUCCCGGGGACUCUGCACCAGUGCCGCCCCAGAAGCUCCUCCGGCUAAGCCGGCAGUUGCACCUGCGGUCGCUGCUGAGAAGCCGGUCAAAGAGCCCAAGGAGAAGAAGGUAAAGGAAAAGAAACCGGCCGCCGAGAAGCCAGCCGCCGCUCCAGAGGCCCCGGUAGACGUUGGCCGGCUGGAUUUGCGCGUGGGCAAGAUCGUGGAGGUAGGCCGCCAUCCCGAUGCCGAUAGCUUGUAUCUGGAGAAGAUCGACUGCGGAGAGCCUGCUCCACGCACCGUGGUCUCGGGCCUGGUGAAGUUUGUGCCCCUGGAGGAGAUGCAAAAUCGCCUGGUGGUGGUCAUGUGCAACUUGAAACCGGCCAAGAUGCGCGGCGUCACCUCGGAGGCGAUGGUGAUGUGCGCCUCGACGCCGGACAAGGUGGAGGUGCUCAGCCCUCCUCCCGGCGCAGUUCCUGGCGAUCUGGUGCACUGCGAGGGAUACCCGCGCCAGCCGGACGCCCAGCUUAAUCCCAAAAAGAAGAUCUUCGAGACGUGCGCUCCGGAUCUGAAGACGAACGGAGAGCUGGUUGCCUGCUACAAGGGUGCCGCUCUCCAUGUUCCCGGCAAGGGCAACGUGGUUGCCCAAACCCUCAAGAACGUGAAUGUAAAGUGAGCGAGCCAAUAAACGAAAACCAUCACUGCCUGCAAGGCGUUACGUUA